AUGGCAGACGAGAUCCAGGUCGAGAAGCAGGUGGAAGAAACCCCCAUCGCCAGGAUGGUGGAUGCAGAGCCUGAAACCCUUAAGGAUGCUAUUCGCAUCGUCGUGCGCAAAUCACUGGAGGUAAACGGACUUGUCCGUGGUCUCUCCGAGGUUGCCCGCGCUCUCUACCGCCGCACAGCACACAUGUGCCUUCUCGCAGCUGACUGCGAGGAUGAGGAGUAUAAGAAGCUCAUCAAGGCAUUGGCCACCCAGGGAAACAUUGACUUUGUGGAGGUCGAAUCACGUGAGGAGCUUGCAGAAUGGGCCGGUCUUCAAAAGACAAAAGGAGACGGUAGUGUAAAGACCUUCAAGUGUUCGUGCGUUGCUAUAAGGGAUUUUGGAGAACGUACAAAAGCUCUUGAAAUGCUACUUGGUCAACUCGCAAAUUAA